UGCGGCGUGGACCGGCGCUGGAGCGCGCCCACGGGGGCCCCGGCCGCCCCGCCGCGCGCCCCCGCCGCCGCCACGCCGCCGCCCGCCGCCGUCAUCCCCAUCCUGGUGAUCGCCUGCGACCGCAGCACCGUCCGCCGCUGCCUGGACAAGCUGCUGCACUACCGGCCCUCGGCCGAGCGCUUCCCCAUCAUCGUGAGCCAGGACUGCGGCCACUAGGAGACGGCGCAGGUGAUCGCCUCGUACGGCGGCGCCGUCACGCACCUCCGGCAGCCGGACCUGAGCCACAUCGCCGUGCAGCCCGACCACCGCAAGUUCCAGGGCUACUACAAGAUCGCCCGGCACUACCGCUGGGCGCUCGGCCAGGUCUUCCACACCUUCCGGUUCGCGGCGGCCGUGGUGGUGGAGGACGACCUGGAGGUGGCCCCGGACUUCUUCGAGUACUUCCAGGCCACCUACCCGCUGCUGCGGGCCGACCCGUCGCUGUGGUGCGUGUCGGCUUGGAACGACAACGGCAAGGAGCAGAUGGUGGACGCCAGCCGGCCCGAGCUGCUGCACCGCACCGACUUCUUCCCGGGCCUGGGCUGGCUGCUGCUGGCCGAGCUGUGGGCCGAGCUGGAGCCCAAGUGGCCCAAGGCCUUCUGG